UGUUGCUGGACGUAGAUGAGGUUUCACUGGCAGAGCUCUCUAGCACCUGACUUAGGAAAAUGUUGUUCCCCUUACAAAUGCCAAAGCUGCAUACCUUUUUACUUCUGUACUAUAGCUUUUAACGUUAUGUUGGCCUGCUGCUGUGGUACUGCCGCUUGUUCCUUGUGCUGCAAAUGCUGCCCCAAGAUAAAACAGUCAACCAGCACCCGCUUCAUGUAUGCGCUCUACUUCAUCCUGGUGACUAUCAUCUGUUGUGUCAUGAUGUCAACAACAGUAGCUAACGAAAUGAAAACGCACAUUCCCUUCUACAAGCAAAUGUGCAAGGGUCUUCAGGCGGGUGAGAUGUGCGAGAAGUUGGUGGGAUACUCUGCAGUGUACAAAGUCUGUUUUGGAAUGGCCUGUUUCUUCUUUUUGUUCUGCUUGUUCACCAUCAAAAUUAACAGCAGCAAAAGCUGCCGAGCAUACAUUCAUAACGGAUUCUGGCUUGUUAAACUUAUACUUCUGGCAGCGAUGUGCUCAGGAGCCUUCUUCAUUCCUGAUCAGGACACUUUCCUCAAUGCCUGGCGCUACGUAGGAGCAACAGGAGGUUUCCUUUUCAUUGCCAUUCAGCUCAUCCUGCUUGUUGAGUUCGCACACAAAUGGAAUAAAAAUUGGACUGCAGGUGCAAACCACAAGCAGAUGUGGAAUGGUUUACUUGCCCUGGUCACUCUCAUCUUGUACUCCGUCGCUGUGGCAGCCCUCAUCCUCAUGGCUCUUUUCUACACACGCUCAGAGGGCUGCAUGUACAACAAAGUCCUGAUCGGUGUUAACGGUGGCCUGUGCCUCUUUGUGUCACUGGUGGCCAUAUCGCCCUGUGUCCAGAAUCGCCAGCCCCAUUCUGGUUUGCUGCAGUCAGGAGUUAUCAGCUGCUACGUCAUGUACCUCACUUUCUCAGCACUAUCCAGCAAGCCACCAGAAACUAUCCUGGAUGAAAACAAUCAGAACAUCACAAUCUGUGUACCUGAAUUUAGUCAAGGCCUGCACAGAGAUGAAAACCUGGUUACUGGCCUGGGUACUACCAUUUUGUUUGGCUGCAUUUUAUAUUCUUGUUUGACCUCAACAACACGUGCAAGCUCAGAGGCACUGAGGGGAAUAUAUGCAACACCUGAAACUGAAGUAGCUCGUUGCUGCUUUUGCUGUGUGCCUGACGGAGAUGCUGAUGCUGAAGACCACAUUGAAAAAAGGGGAGGCCAGACUGUGAUUUAUGAUGAGAAGAAAAGCACGGUGUACAGUUAUGCCUACUUCCACUUUGUUUUCUUCUUGGCUUCGCUCUAUGUGAUGAUGACAGUAACUCAUUGGUUCCAUUAUGAAAGUGCUCAGAUUGAAAAAUUCUUCACCGGAACCUGGUCCAUCUUCUGGAUUAAGAUGGUCUCCUGCUGGGUUUGUGUCUGUCUGUAUUUAUGGACUCUCAUUGCUCCACUCUGUUGCCCAACCAGAGAGUUCUCAGUGUGAACACUCAGAAGAUCCUUCUGUGUUUUUAUCUUUUUUUUUUUCAUUACAAAUAAAAUACCAGUCAUUUUGCAAGGAGGAAACACCUAUUGCUCACUUAUCCUAAUGUACCAGUUAGUAACUUUUUAGUCAGACUAAACAAAUGAUUGAAGACUUUUUUUACCCUUUUUUAAUUGUCAUGAACAAGCAUUGCCCAAGGGAACAAAUCUGUCCCAAAAGUUUGUAAUGCUGAUGUGUGGAGUGUAGGAAACACAGUUGUUGCAUAAACUGGAAUAAGUGAAAUGCUUUUCAAAUAACUGACAAUCUUUCUCUGGCUUCAUUGGCAAGAAAAGAAAAAAUCAUGGUGCAGAUAUAUCUUCUUCCUUCCUGUGAAUGUUGCGUAUCUUCUAGCAAAUAUGCAUUCCUUUUUAUACUCUUUUAUUAGCUGUUUCUUUUACAGUUUGCAGUGAUGAUUUGGACUGCUGUUUUGUACAGCAUAUAAUUCUUGUAAGUAGUAUACAGAUAUUUUUUUCCGAAAACAUAACUAAAUACUUCUGUAGAAAUAGAGAAUAUGUAAGAAUUCAACUGCCAAAGCAUCUACUAAAAAUUGUUUAUCUAAAUAUUAAAUAUAUUAAGUUAUUGUAUACCUAGAUUGAGAAAGGAAUGUACCAAUGAUAAUAGAGUAUUUAUUCUGUUAUAACUUUAAAAGGCACCUGAAUAUUUUAUGCAAUUCAGAUCUGGUCUGAUUGUUAACAGAAGGGGAUUUCUACACAAAAAUUCUUAAACUCUGAAUUUUGUCUACCUUUGCUUUGCCAGCUCACUUAAACUGCAAGUUGUGUGUACUGCACAGGGAUUCAAGAUACGGUACAUUCUUUAUUCAGAAUGUUUGCUGUUGAGAAAAUGCUAAUUACAGGAGCACUGCCAGUUGCUGUUAAAUUUAAAAGUGGAGUGCUCAUUUACUUUUCUACCCUGCUGUUUCAACUUGUGUCUAAAGAUCUCCCAGGAUCUUCAGUUCUGUUUCCAUGACUAAUUUUAUAAUAUUUUAAAUGCAUUGAUGGUCAGAAAAGGACUAUAGUGUGUCAUCUUCCUUUUCUGCCUGUGUGUUGGUCGGAAAGUAUUCUUUCUAACUGCUAUAUUUUUAUACUCCUCUGUUGAUGUUAGUAUUGCUGUUGGGAUGGGACUUAGCCAACCAAUCCAUUAAUGGAGACUAAACUUCUUUUGGAGAACUCCUAUUCCAAGCAGUGGGGUAAGCAGUCAGAAAAACAAAACCAGAAGACACAAAUGUAACAGCAGCUGCCUUAGUACAAAUGACUGACUUGACAAUGUUAAAUCCUACCAUGUAAUUUUUAUUUGCUUUAAGCAGACGAUUUGGUGGUAGAACAACAGCUCAGAUGCCGUAAAUGCUAAAUAAGGUUGAACCCACUAUAGCUAUCUACAUUCCAGUGGGAUGAUUUAAUGACAUACGCUAGUCCCAGAGGUUUUGUCUUCUCUCUCUCUCUAUAUAUAUACACAUACAAUGUGAAAUAUGCAGGAUAUAAACAAAAUCAACCGAUUUAGCAGUGCUGUUUUUGAAAUAUGAUUGAGCCUUAAAUCUUCACCCAUUCUUUCUGCAAAACAAAGAAAAGCACAAGAUAAUGGCCAAUGAGAUGGCCAAAAUAUUUGCAUGCCUUAUUUGUUCUGUUGCAAUAAUUGAUGGCUAAUGCACACCUGGUGAGUAAUCCCAAUGUAACAGAUCUCAGUUCUGCUCUUGUUUUCAUUACCACUUUUAGCUGUCUUGUUGCUAUGGUAUCCUAGGGCUUCUGUCCUGCUUGGAGUUUGCUAGGGAUGCAAUCUUCCCAACCCCCUGCACUCUUACGAAAUCUACAGGUCUACAGUCCUGUAUAGUUACACCACCUAUCCCAGUGAUUAGAAGCCUCAAAGUACCUCUGUCAUGAGAUCUGAGGGAAGGGGGAGUCUGUCCAGAGGUGACUGUCUUGCUGCUCUUCUUGUUUGUGCCUCGGGGGAAAAAAAGCAGUUGAAGCUUAGCUUUGACAUUGAGUUAGGAAACCAACAAAUAGCUCUGGAGAGGGGGGCAUGUUUUUUUCUUUUGCUUCUGCUGGGUGGUUCUGAUCUCACCAGGAGCUCUGCUGGCAUGGGGGCCCAUCAGUAUGUCUCUGCCUGCAUUUGGAGUCCAGCCACGCAGAUCCUUCUGCAGUUGAAAAAGGCCUUUUUUAAUGCAUUCGCAAUCUAGAAGGCUUUAUCUGUCCCAUCUCUAAGAUAAGAGCUUAUGGGCUGUGCGGUGAUGACUAACAGUUGUCCCACCUAACUCAUAGCAGCUAUUCUGACAAACAGUCUUGAUCCAGUGCUAGAGCUGUGAGCUGCAGCUGAGAUAGUCCAGGCUCUGGCUCCUCCCUUGGCAGAUGCUGUUCCCUAAAGUAUAGAGGCUCGCAGGAGUUGCCUUCUGGUGCCAUAUGUGUUGUACUAUGAGAAACCAAGCUUUUUUUUUUUUUAAUUAGCAAUGUUUUUUAUAACAGAACAAUCUGGGCAAGGAGCUCUACAGAAGGCGGCAUGCAUUAUGUCAAGUUAUAGGGCAGGGAAUGGUAACUGCUCUCUGGUUCUGGUAGCAGGCAUCCCAGUGACAAAUGUGGAUGAUCUUAAUACAUAUCUUGGCCAAUGGAUGUUCUUAUUUGUUUACGAAAACACUUAUUUUAUGUAGGCAGUAUCAGCCUGCAUGAGGACUUCCUGCACCUCCUUGUGCUUAUUUUUUUUAUAGUUUGUAUUAAAGGAAAUAGAUUUUGCACAGAGGAAACAGGGUUGUAAGAGGAAAGUCCACAGUGAGCCCAUUCUUCUUACACAGCACUCGCCUCACUUUGUUGCUCCUUCAUCCUUCCCUUCCACCAACUAUUGACCUUAAGCAUCUAGAUCUGCAGGUAUACAAGGGGUGGGGAUGGGGCGGUGCUUGAAUACACUGCUUUGUCUGCUUCUGAGCAAACGUUAUGGGAAAAGACCCCAAAAAUAACUUUUGAGGACCUGUGUGUCCAUGCUGUGUCUCCAGAUCCAGCUAUGGAUCUCCAGGCCUUUCAAAGGAAUCAGUAACUGGUAGCACCUGAGUGUGCAAAGUCUCUAGUUCCUCAGUGAGGCAUGGCUUCCUGCUGGCCAGGCAAAUGUUACAGCCUUAGCAUUCACUGUAAAAUCUGUACUGUGAACUUCCAUGUGCAACUACUUAGUAAAAUCCUUGGCUAGGGUCAAGGAUUGAAAUGCCCAGUUCAUAGAUUCCAAGUAUUUCAUGCAAAUGGGUUUUUUGAAACCUUUUUAUGAAGUGCCUUCAUACCUACUGCUGUGAUAGUUAAUAAUUCAGGUGGCACUGGAACUGGAAAACCUGAACUGAGCCUGUGACUGGGUGAUGCUGCCUUGCACGUUACACCAGUGUGUACAAGACACACCCAGACCCACAGUGCAUGUGGAAGACGAAAUAAUCUGUGCUUGACAAACCCUGGGGGUGAGACUGAUUCAGAUAUUCCUGUGCAGUGGAAGAUGAACUGGGAAAACUUACAAAUAGCCUGAUGAUUUUGUGAAUAAAUGAGUAGUUGUUGCUUACAUUUAAAUUCAAACUGUAAACAGUUAACUUUCUCUCCCCAUACCUGAAAGUGCAGGUAGCUGCUCUGCUUGAGGCAGUUAGCUGUGCAGUGUCUGUCCUGCCUCGUGCCACGAUUGUUCAUUGAAUUUGUUCCCAGGCAUAAGUGAGCGGUGCAGCAUUUCUGGCUCCUAAUAUUUUUGGGUUGUUUGAAGUGAGGAAGCUGUUGUUACAAAGACAGGAAGGCUGGAGAACAUGUCCUGUACUAAGCUUCCUCUAGUUAAACUUGAAUUUGAUCUAAUAUUAUCGUUUAAUGGACUCUUGGAGGAACAGACCGUGUUGGAAGAAGCUAGUUCUGCUGGGAAGGUGAAACAAUUUUAUUGGUGUUUUCCUACUUUUUCAAAUUUGCUAUCAUAAGAAAGGUUAUUUGGAACCUCACUGCUGCACUGUCAUCUGAGACUGGAACAAUUUUAGUUUUUCUCCUGGAGGCAACCAAGAGCUGCAAUCGUGACUGGUUCUUGUUCGGACUAAAAUCAAUGAGACGGACUCAGAGAGCAAGUCUCUGAAUCCAAAUAGCUGGACUAACAAAUGAGACCAUAAAACCUUACCAAGAACGUGUGGAAAGCAGAUGGAUAUGCUUCUUUGCUGUUUACCACCUAGUUCCUCAAAGUGUGCAGGCAGCCCUUGCAGCUGGAUGCUAAGUAAGGAACUCCACUGUGAUUACACAUCAGAGUUAUUACAUGUUUGUGAUACUCUUAGCUUUGUAUUUCAAGCAUUUCCAUGAGGGUCAAAAAGCUCGUACUUGCCCAGCUAAUUUGGUAAAUCCUGGCUGGGUUGGGCCACUUUCGUCUGAAACGGGUAAUUCAGUGUUGCUGAUGUAUGCGUAGUCCAGAGAGAGGGCUUAUCCCCUCACAGAAUCGUGAACACUGCAUGUCUAUUUAUUUAUUUAUUUUGUGUUUUAGCACCUUUUUACAAAUCUAGAAGCGCUUUGAGAUUAUAAGCUAUGCACAUAUAACUGCUUUAUCAGCCACUGGUGCAGCCAUUUCUGGGCUAGAACACUGCUAUUAAUGAAGCAACCAUUGCACUUGUGAAAAAGCUAUAUUUUAACGGUUCUCUGGUUUUAACCAAUGGAUCAGGAAAAUUUGGGAACUCAAGACAGUGCUGCUUGAACUUUGGGUAGCAGCCCACAGUAUCCUGGGCAUCUCUGAAGACAUUGGUAACAAAAUAAUCCACUGACUGCUUUUAAAACAUGCUAUAAAGAUUUUAUGCUAUAAACUGUUAGGCUUUUCUCCUUAAACAAGUUGAUGAAGCAAAAUACCACGAGACUGUACCUGUGUGGCUAGAUGAACAAGAUUAUCUGCAGCUAAAAUUUUGCUCUCAUCUUUCCUUCUGGGCUUUAGAAGCAAUGUCUUUUGCUUGCGGGCUGUAUCUCCUCAUUUUAUUUGCCUAUUUCUCCUUGGAUUUGUUUUUUGAAGGCAUUGUAAACCUGCUUUACUCCCAUUCUGCUUCCUGUCAAGUGGGAUGUCUUUGGUGCUAGAAACUAGCAAAGACUUCUUUGCCAGCUGUUGUUGAUCCUUUCCUUUUUAUAGCAGGACAACCUGCAGUGUUGAAGCAAAGUCAAGGAUCACAGUUUAUUAUAUGGAUCAGUUUUCCUCUGUGAAAACUGCUUCUUUGUUUUCUGAAGUGGCCUACAAGUUCUCGUGGGAGGAAAACACAUAAUCAGUGCCAUGACAUUUUACUUCGUGUUUUCAGUUUUGUGAACAGUAGCUUGAACUGAGUGUUUCACGUGACUGUACAAGAGGAAUGCCAGGGGUCAAGCGCUUUAGAAAGCUUUGGCUUUUUGUGCUUGUAACAGGCUGCAUAGCUUGGGAACUGGUAUGUCUCUGCAUUUUCAACAUCCUGAUGGCAGAAUGCCCAAGUGCCCCAGGAUGGGGAUACAGACACACUGUGCAGGGUUUGAAGUAGAAACUUUGGGAGACUGGCAUGACAUCUGCUUUCUAAUGCCCAAAGAAACUCUGUAGGUUUCAAGCAGGCCUUAAAUCCAGGGUUUUUUUGGUUUUUUUCUCAAACCUGGUUUCAACUCAUUCCAUACCUGUUCAAUAAUGUGAUUUUUUAAAAGUUGGAAUUUAUUUCAGAUAUAAGCCACGCUGGCUUCCCCUCAUCUGCCAGUCUCCAACAGCUUCCAGUGCCGUAGCGUACAGCCAUUUGCACAGACUUCUUCAGAACCACAGUUGUCAGCUUUGAAACCGCUCCAGCAGCUUAAAGCUUCCAGGGCUUUUGCUCACCAGAGCUGCAGGGUGCAACCCCUGCAGCUGCGCUUUUGCCAAAGAAGCCUCAGUGCGAAGCCAAGACGAAUUUUGGAAAGCUGUGGGGAAAUAAUGUCUCAUUACUCAUAAUGUAGCUUUAUUUUUCCUCUUACUGAUACAUGUCCAGGUGCUUAGGUGUCAUUGGACAUCCAUGCAAACUUAAAGUGAGGAGAACUAACUCUCAGAGAAAAUUGUUCAACUUGUCAUAUACAAGCUGAGAAAAUAUUUACUAGGAACAUAGGGGUUCACUGUCUACUUCUUGUUUACCACCAGUGAGUGGUGUUCAGUCUCAUAUAUACCAUGUUUGAAAACUGGAUGCAAAGUAGUCAAAAUGUAAACACUUUUUCUUAAUGGUGAGGGGUUUUUAAUUAGUCUUUUUCAAGGUUCUUAAUAUCUCAAGGGAACUUUUGGUGUGUAUGUGUGGUUCUAUUUUAUUACGCUGUAGCCCAGUGAAGUGGAGGUUUGCUAGUUUAUUUAACAUUUUUUGCGAGUGUUGUGAUCUGUAGUAACUGUAACACUUUAAGGAUUGGUAAAGAUUUCAGAAUUGUUAAGAUCUUAAUUUUAAAAUAGUCAACAGCUUUGCCUUUUUAAAGCAUGUUAAUGGUUUUUAUGGACACUUCCUUUUGUAUACUGAGUGAUUGUAUUGUUAUAGAUUCAAUGUUUAAUGGACCAAUAAAGUUUUUCUUACAUUUGAAA